AUGGAUUCCCCAUCAAGCGCGAUGUCGAGCCCAACAAAAGCCCUCAAUCCCCUGUCUCCAGAGCGAAUCAACCAACAGAUCGGACCCAACUCACCCUCGCGAUCAUCCGACAUCUUCAACCUCCAGCGCAAGACUCCUCGGGGCCUCACUGAUGUGCAGGCCAAGGUCGCGUUUUUGAAUAAUCUAUCACGAGGAAACAGUCCCGCGCAUGCUGCACAGUCAUCCACUGGAUCCGCGGCUGCCCUUCAACGGGCCAUCCUUGGGCGCGAGGAGGCCGAGUCUGCAUUGGCAAAUGUCUCCGCUCAGCUCUCUGAAGCCCAGUCACGGGAGCGUCGCAUCAGUGAAAGGCUUGAGUCCCUACUCGAAGAACUACAAUCAACAAAAGAACGUCAGGCCCACGAAAGGACGGUAUUCGAAAAGGAAAUAAGGAAAGCGAGAAAGGAGGCCUUCCGUGCUGGUUCCGUCUUGGUCAAGACACAGGAGGAAUUGAAGCAUGCGAGAAACGAAGCUAAAGGAUUCAAAGAAAGCGCCCAGACAGAACGAGCAGCAAAGGAACAAGCGAAGCAGGAAGCGUUUGAGCGGGCUUAUGCAAUCGCCGGACUUACCGAGGAGAUGCAGGUUCUCAAGGAAAACCUACGAGCUGCGGAAGCUACCAUUCACGCCAACAAGCUCGAAGCGCAGGCACGGCAGAAAAUCCAGAAAAACGAUAUUGGGCGAUUGUCGCUGGCUGAAGGCGAUCUCAACCUCUUGCUGACCCCUACACCAAGAAGACCCAAACGCCCCGCCGAGGAUUUGGUCAACUCGCCUCGAGUCAAUGCAGUCAAGCCGUCGCCUGCCCAGGACACUCCUCCUAAAAGGCAAAGAUUAUCAGAUGUUACUCCUCGGAAUGAGGUCAAAGAGGCCACUAUAUCGGACGCGCAUCACAGCCGUAUUGACGAGCUUGAGGGGAUCCUCUCUCGAGAGCGUCGCCUCAGGACCCAGGCAGAAGACAUGAUUGAAUUCCUUAAAGUGGAAUGCCAUUUCAAACGUUGCUCCUGCCGUCUGGCAGAAGAGGAUGAGAUGGAUCAUGGACACGAAUCGCAAACUGUAAAGAGAGCAGAAAAAGGGGAAGGGAAUGCCUCAGGGGGUCGUCAUAACAACAGCAACACUCUGAUUGCGCCAAAGGAGCCAAGUCCCUCGCAUACACCCAAGGGCGAACCUGCCGGAUUCGCGGCACAGAAGCAAGCAGUCCAAGCAAUCGAUGAUGACGAUGAUGAUGAGCCUCCAGAGGAGCCUUUGAUAACAUUCUCACCUGCCACUGGCACCUUCCACACCUUCCCUUCCCCUGUUCGAGGAUCCCCCCGAAAGCUCAGCGAAGCCGUCUCGAAUGCACACCAAUCACUAGCAGCCCACACUGGAGACGGAAAGGAUGCCCAGGUAAUGACUGGCAGUCCCACUCCGAAGUAUGCAUCUCGCCGGCACCAAACGCCAUUUGAUUCCAUAAUGGAGACUGAAGCGUAUGUUUCAACCCAUCCCACGCCGGCAAUUGCUGAUGUUCCAUGGGACCCUGUCAUGCCCGUGGGACAUCGCGCUGAGACUCCCGAGGGGAACCCUGACCCGGUGAAGGUUCCCUUGCGGACGGAUGAUUCGGGAUCCAAUCGCUUUUCUGACGUUCCAGGGACUCCCAUCAGUCGGGAAGAGGCACUAGCUCAGAUCAAAGCUCGGAGGGAGAGAGCAAACACUAUGAAGAGGUCCGCCAGUGCCAGCGAAAGUGUACUCCGCUCUGGAGGCAUGGGUGUCACCCCAAUUCGGGCCGUUCGACGGAUGCCCGGGGUUCAGAAUUCAGAUGCCAGACGCAACGGCCCUGCGAGGAAUCGGAGGGACAUGAGUGCCCCCAUCCGGUUGUCCCACCAAUAGGACCAGUAUUUUAUCCCUUUUGGUUCAAACGGACAAAGGCCACUACUUAUUCCUGAUAUUCUUGGUUAAUGACCCGACUCUCUCUCUUGAUACCCCGGUACUCCGAGCGGAAUGGCGUUUUUGGAUGUUGCUUUGACGGGCAUCAAUGAAGCUACUUAUCUCUCAAAUCUUAUGACUAUCAUCAUUUCCUCUUGUAUGUUCGAAGAGGGUGAUAUUGUGGCGCUUGGAUGGCGGGUUUGUCUAUGUAUCUGCUUACUUUCUAGUUUGACCUCCCAACUCCACGGCAUAUGAGCACUGCUUAUAAGCCUCGACGCUCUUUAAAUCUUUCCCCACUUUCCUUUGUCUGGCGAUUUAUCUUUUGCUUUUCUGUCUCUCAUAUUGUGAAUAGGCUAGCUUGGCUUGCGUGGUUUGGAUAUUUUAGGCGCAUUGUUUGGAAGAAGACUUAGAAUUGAUGAUAUCGACAUG